AUGGCAAGCCUAGCCCUAACCACAUCCCUUCCCAGGUAUGGUCAACUCGGUGCUAUGAUAGUUAGGAGCCAAAGGAGCUCUGGAGUUUUCAUCCCUUUAACAAGACGUUUUCAGGCAAGUUCUCGUAAGGAGGCUUCAUCAGGUGGCUUUGAGAUGGCUCGUAAGGCCACAAAAGAAGGAGCCAGUGAAGCAAAGGCUGCUGGUGAAUCUGUGGUCGAAGAUGCGACCCAGAAAACAAAAGAGGUGGCUGGAAAGGCAUCGGAGGCCUCAAACGAUCUAGCAGACAAGGCAAAACAAACUGCUCAAGAUGCUUGGGGAGCCGUAAAAGAUACCACAGCAAAGAUCAAGGACACAGUAGUUGGCAAAGCUGAGGAAUCAAAGGAAUUCAUCAAAGAAAAUGCAGAGACAGUCAAGAGCAGCAUGAACACCAAAAACUGA